UUCUUAUAGUUCGUCACGUUCUAAUUUAAAACUCUUUCGUUAUUGUAGAUAACUAGUUUGGAUUCCACUUGCUUUAUUAGGCUAUGCUUUCAAACUCAUUAAAUUAUUUGCUUUAUGAAAAUAACAUGCUUAUAGUACAGCAGUUGUAAUGGAUACUUCAGAAUGUUUCGUAAUUAAGUCUCGUGUUUAUACCCUGAACCACUACCCACAUCAUGUUAACAAUUGUGUAUGACGAAACAUGUAAAACUGAGUGCGCCUAUUAUCAUUUAUGGUAUUGUUUAAUAAUGAUGAAGAGUACUUUGGGAUUCAUUCGUCAUGUAGAACAAUGGUUCUGAUUAAAGUAUUGGACUUUUGAACAUUAUCCACAUACCUUAGUAUCUUCCAUCAGUGUUCAAGAGGGAAACGUACAUUGACUAUGGAUUACAAUAAGCAGCUGAUGGAGAGAAAUACAUGCAAUUUACAACAGGAAUGUACAUACCUGACUCGUUUAAUCCAACAGCAUAAGCUUUUUCAUAGAAGGAAAGGCAACCGAUCAUUCAAUUCACAGACAUCACCAAAAGUUGGUUGGUCUAACCUCAGAUCUUAUGGUACAACAAAUGCAUCUGUUUCAAAAUACAAGAAAAUAAAUGUGAGCACAAAACCUCAAGUUCCAUUAGUGGACAAAUGGAAGUUAUGUGCAGAUAAUAAUCCAACCCAGAGUCAAACAAUGAAAUGUGCCAGUAAGAAGAAAUCUGUGUCACCGAGUCCAACAGUUUCAAACCUUCAUGAAAGUCAGCCUCUGACUUAUGCCACAUCACAUGCUUCUUGCCAGAAUGUUCCUGAUUCAAGAAGCAGCCGAAUGUAUUUGAAUCCUCAUUUUUUCAAAGCAAAUAACUGUUUGCAAACAGAUAUAUCAGCAAAAUACGUUGCUUCAGAAAGUGACGUUUCUAAACUGAAACAUUCUGUACAUAUAAAUCCAAAGGUUCUUGCGGCACAAGUCAUGAAAUUGGCCGCACAAUCAGAACCAACACAAACUCAUGCGCUUGUGAACAGGUGUACAGCAAAUAACAAGCAUGAGACAGGACUGCCAACUUGUGAGCUGCUGUCACAGCCAUCAAACAGUAACUUUGUCACUAAGAAAUAUGUAUUUCGUAGCAAAACCAAAUUAGUGAAGCAGAAUGCAGUCAUAAGUAGCACGGUGGCAAAUCCAGUAACUAUGUCACACUUUGUGCCAGAAAAGAAAUUGUCUCCUCUAAUUAAGAGUUCUCUGUCAGGGCCUUUGAUGUCUGUCAGCAGGACAAAGUUAGUGCGUGCGAAGUCAAGGAGAUCCUGUGAGAGUUUUCAGGGUUUAUCAAAUAAUAGUCCGUCAGUUAUUUCCCCAUAUACCUUUCAUACAACACCGAAAGCUGUAGGAAGACUGUCUUUGUUGUCAUGUUCUAGAAAUAGAACGGUAGCUGUUAAAGCAGCAAAGGCAGUAUGUUCGAAAUACAAGUUAACCAGAUCAAACAUAACCAAAACUCCAGUGACAAAAUCUCGAUACAGUUACACGGCUAAUAAAAUCACACCACGCCAAGAGUCGAGGUACAAAAUAGACAGACGACUUAACAAAACAGUGAAGAGACUUAAAAAAGUGAAAAAGUACUCCCUGCAAUAUGAAAUGCCAAAGUCUGGUGGACCUAACCAACACAUUACGAGUCCAAAAUUAUUCAAUAAGUAUGAGAAGGUUCAGUAUCCCUUCACAAGCUUGAAGUUUGGCAAUAAAACAUGGAAUAAUUCUCUGCGUCCAAGGAAGGUCAUGGUUGUAGACAAGAAACUAAGGCGAAUUGGAAGCAGUCCAAACCUUGGGAAAGGUAGAGACCACCGGUUUAACCGACAAAGCUCAAACUUAGUCAGAAUUGGUGGAGUUCUGUACAGAACCUCUAAAUUGAAGCUCACUCGGAGUCUUACCCCAAAAUGCAAAAAUGAAGGUGGAAGAAAUGUGGCAGAUUAUGAUGUGAAAAAGCCCAAGUCAAGAUCUAGUUUUGCAGUGUAUGUACGUGGGAACAAAUUCUUAAUGGAUGCGACGGGGAAGACUAUGUUACGAGUUCCUCAGAGAUCAAAAAAACCUGGAUUUAAUGAAUUGCCCUUGAGAAAUUUACCUUUGAAGAGAAUAGACAUUGGUGGAGUAACAUUUGUCCAGAAAUCAACAAAUGUUCUUGUCAGAACUAAUACCCACAAUGCAAGAAGCCUCCUGAGCCAAGCAAAACAGAAGAGCAUAGCCCUGCUGACAAAAAAGUUGAGGAAAAGCAAUCAACCUUGCAUAUUCUAUCAUCGAUUUGGAAAAUGUAUGAGGAAAGAGAUGGGCACGUGUCCACACGUGCAUGACCCGAAGCAUGUGGUCGUCUGCAAGAAAUUUUUACAAGGCUGUUGCGCAGUCAAUGGCUGUACGCUGUCUCAUGAUGUUGGACCUGAGAAAAUGCCAACAUGCAAGUACUUUCUGGAAGGAUGCUGCGUUAGAGAUGGUUGCCCGUACCUUCAUGUGAAAGUGAAUGAAAAGGCUGGUAUUUGCAAGGACUUUCUUCAUGGUUAUUGCUUUGAUGGGCAGAAGUGCAGGAAGCGACACACAUACCUUUGUCCAGAGUUUGAGAAAACAGGUUGCUGUCCAAAAGGUAAGUACUGUCCAUACCCUCACAAGACUGUAGUCAAAAAGAAGUCAAGAACUCGGAAACAUAGCACAGCAAAGGACGUAGUACACAUUGCAUCAAAUGAUGACCGGAAAAGAUAUUAUGAGACGGUAGGAAUGGUUUCAGAAGUGUUCCCUGUAGAACCUGAGGACUCACAAGUGACAAAUGAAGUAGACGGGAGUGAUCUGAAUGUAAAGAGGCUGAAAUUAUUGAAGAAAGUUGAUGACAUGAAGAGAGCAUGGCAGAAUGCUCAAUGCAAUACUGUUGGACAGAUGAGUUCUACUCCAAGCUCGGUACCUGAAAGUAUGGAGCCAGAGACGAAACGCCCUAAACUAGGAAUUUUACCAGCGUACAUUCCCCUCGGCUCAGACUCAAAGUAAUCUGUUGUGAUAUGAUUUAGUUUUGUUUGUAGUAUUUUUAUGUAAAUUCUUGUAAAAAUGUAUUGCUGUGUUAUAUCUUGGAAAUAAAUUCUUAAUGCAUAAAAUUA